CUGGAAAAAUAACUGAUGAAACAAACAGAAAUAGUGCCAUAAGAUAUUAACCUGUUUAACUGAAUUUAAGGUCAAUUUUUAUCGUAGCUGGAAUUUUCAAGUUGUUUUGAGGUUCUAACUUCUUAGCUAACGAUAGAUGCAUAUCAUGCAGUUUGAAAUGAUGGUGUUCUAUUGGUGAGUGAACUAAUAGUGUCAGACGAUACACAGCAGCAUAUAAAACUUACUAUAAGUAUAAAUGAGCUAUUAGAACUUAAGACGUUAUUUAAACCGAUGACAAUUUAAUAUAAUCAUAAAUCAUAACCAAUUCAAUAACUGAUGAAAUCAAGUUAUUUUGGAGCUAAGCCAGUUAGAAGUUACGUGACCCUUGAACCCUUUCAUGUAGUUCUGAUAACUAGACCGUAUAAAAGAUCUAGUUGAACCAACAAAAGACACAAGCGUCUAGGAAGUUAUAUCAUAAUGUUCACUAGAACUAUCACCAUAUUCUUCGUGGCUGUCCUCAGUAUUUCAUGGGGUCAAGCAUGGGUAGUGCAGAUGCGUCAUAAAGACUGUGAGCCUUUGUAUCCUGCUAUACUCGACUUAAAACAUGAAUAUAUGGGACCACAAGAUGAUAUGGGACGUCUACCACCCAGUUACGAGAACUUGAUCUACAGACUCUAUGAUUAUCUGAUUUGCCCAAGUGAAAAGUACAUAAAGGUACUCUCAAAAACAAGCUUUACCUUCGAACAGUCCCCUGGCUACGAAUCUGACGAUAUGUACAUCUUCUGGAAUAGCGUACCUGUGAAAGAUUUUCUAAAGAAGCCCAAGACGAGAAAAUGGUUUGUGAUGAACAUGAUUCAGGUUGCGCUGAACCAGCUUAAAGAAUCUUGUGAUGAACUAGAGAAGACCAUUAACCCGCUGAUCAUCAAUUAUGAAUCAACGCCUAUGGAUAAUGCUAGUGGAUUGAAUACUGAAGAAAACCAAUUUGACAUGAAGGUUAUCUUGCUAGAAGUAAAUUCAGCGAAAUUAGUGUUGCGGGAUCUUCAAAAUCGAACGGAUUUCUACACUAAUAAUAUUGACGUCGCUACACAGUUAGAAAAGAAAAUCGGAGUAUUGAGUCUGCAAGGGCUUCUGAGGUACACCGUUUCUGCAAUGACAUCAGUACGUGGCUCUUGGAUUGAUUGGAAAAUCUUGUCACAUUAUUCCAAUGUGGCUAAGCCUUGAAAAUCUGUUGUUAUCUAUUUACAUGAAUUGUCACACCAAUUUUAUGGAAACUAUUGAAUAUUGAACUUAGUUAUUUUAGUAAAAGCAUGCAUUGUAUAAUUAUUGGUUUUAUUUGAACAAACCCUUAAAAUUAGAAUGUAAAAAUCGAUGGCAAUUGAAA